AUGUCUUCUUACGGCGGCAGCGGUGGCUACCAGCGCGAUUCUCAUCGCUCCAGGGGUGGUUACUCUAACGGAUACUCGAACGGUGGUGGUGGUGGUGGUGGCGGCGGCUACGGUGGUGGCUACGGCGGCGGUGGUGGUGGUGGUGGCUAUGGAGGAGGUUAUGGCGGCGGCGGUUAUGGAAGAGACGCUGGUGCUGCCGGUGGUGACCGCAUGUCCAACUUGGGUUCCGGUCUGAAGAAGCAAGACUGGGACCUAGAUUCUCUCCCUAAGUUCGAAAAGUCUUUUUACAAGGAACACCCAGAUGUUGCCGCUCGUUCCCAGCGUGAAGUUGACGAAUUCCGUAAGACGAGCGAGAUGACGGUUCAGGGAAAGAACAUCCCUCGCCCCGUCGAGACCUUCGACGAGGCUGGUUUCCCUCAGUACGUUCUUAGCGAGGUCAAGGCUCAGGGAUUUGAGAAGCCUACUUCUAUCCAGUCCCAGGGCUGGCCUAUGGCUCUAUCCGGUCGCGACGUCGUUGGUAUUGCCGAGACCGGUUCCGGAAAGACCCUGUCAUACUGUCUUCCUGCUAUCGUCCACAUCAACGCUCAGCCUCUCCUUGCUCCUGGAGAUGGCCCUAUCGUCCUCGUCCUCGCCCCUACUCGUGAAUUGGCCGUCCAGAUUCAGACUGAGAUUACCAAGUUUGGAAAGUCCUCCCGCAUCAGAAACACCUGUGUUUACGGUGGUGUCCCCAAGGGUCCUCAGAUCCGCGAUUUGUCUCGUGGUGUUGAGGUCUGCAUUGCGACUCCUGGUCGUCUCAUCGACAUGCUUGAGGCCGGCCGCACCAACCUUCGCCGAGUCACUUACCUUGUUCUUGACGAGGCUGACCGCAUGCUGGACAUGGGUUUCGAACCUCAAAUUCGCAAGAUCAUUGGUCAAAUUCGCCCUGACCGUCAAACCUGCAUGUGGUCUGCCACCUGGCCCAAGGAAGUCCGCCAGCUUGCUAGCGAUUUCCUCAACGACUACAUCCAAGUCAACAUUGGUUCAAUGGACCUGUCCGCUAACCACCGUAUCACUCAAAUCGUCGAGGUCGUUUCCGACUUCGAAAAGCGUGAUCGCAUGAUCAAGCAUCUCGAAAAGAUUAUGGAGACUCAGGGUAGCAAGUGCCUUGUUUUCACUGGCACUAAGCGCAUUGCGGAUGAGAUCACCCGCUUCCUCCGUCAAGACGGAUGGCCAGCCCUUUCCAUUCACGGUGACAAGCAACAGCAAGAACGAGAUUGGGUCUUGAACGAAUUCAAGACGGGCAAGAGCCCAAUCAUGGUGGCUACUGACGUAGCUUCCCGUGGUAUCGAUGUUCGUGACAUUACUCAUGUCCUGAAUUAUGACUAUCCCAACAACUCUGAAGACUACGUUCACCGUAUUGGCCGAACUGGUCGUGCGGGUGCCAAGGGUACCGCCAUUACCUUCUUCACAACUGACAAUUCUAAGCAGGCUCGUGAUUUGGUCACUAUCCUUUCUGAGGCUAAGCAGCAGAUUGAUCCCCGUCUCGCUGAGAUGGUCCGCUACAGCGGAGGCGGCGGCCACGGUGGUGGCUAUGGCCGUUGGGGUGGUCGUGGCGGUCGUGGCGGUGGCCGCGGUCGUGGUGGUAACUUCACUGCCUCCAACGCAGCGCCGCUCGGCAACAGCCGUCGCUGGUAA